GUAUAAAGUUGCAGCAUGAGCUGGAGCUGGCAAGAAAAUGAACAGAGAACGGCCUCUGUCCAAAUUAAGUUAAAAACACAGGAAGUUCCUAGCACAGCCAUGGAGGAAACGGCUAUAUGGGAACAGCACACGGUGACGCUUCACAGGGCUCCGGGAUUUGGAUUUGGAAUUGCGAUCUCUGGUGGGAGAGAUAACCCCCACUUUCAGAGCGGGGAGACCUCGAUCGUCAUUUCGGACGUGCUGAAGGGAGGGCCCGCCGAGGGGCAGCUGCAGGAAAAUGACCGUGUUGCGAUGGUUAAUGGAGUUUCGAUGGAUAAUGUUGAACAUGCUUUUGCUGUUCAGCAACUAAGGAAAAGUGGGAAGAAUGCAAAAAUUACCAUUCGCAGGAAGAAGAAAGUUCAGAUUCCUGUGAGUCGUCCCGACCCGGAGCCCGUGUCCGAGAACGAGGAGGACAGUUACGACGAGGACGUGCACGAUCACAGAGGUGGCCGUGGGGGCACGGUCAGCAGGCGGAGUGAGAAGAGCUGGGCGAGGGACAGGAGCGCCAGCCGGGAGAGGAGUCUGUCCCCGAGAUCCGACAGGCGGUCGGUGGCCUCCAGCCAGCCUGCCAGACCCACCAAAGUCACGUUGGUCAAGUCCCGGAAAAAUGAAGAAUAUGGUCUCCGGCUGGCCAGCCAUAUAUUUGUGAAGGAAAUUUCACAAGAUAGCUUGGCAGCGAGAGAUGGCAAUAUUCAAGAAGGCGAUGUUGUCUUGAAGAUAAAUGGGACCGUGACGGAAAACAUGUCCCUGACGGAUGCCAAGACGCUGAUAGAGAGGUCUAAGGGCAAGCUGAAGAUGGUGGUGCAGAGGGACGAGCGGGCCACGCUGCUGAACGUGCCCGACCUCUCGGACAGCAUCCACUCUGCCAACGCCUCGGAGCGGGACGACAUUUCAGAAAUUCAUUCGCUGGCAUCAGAUCAUUCUGGUCGGUCACAUGACAGGGCUCCCCGCCACAGCCGGUCUCGAUCUCCUGACCAGCGGUCAGAGCCUUCUGACCAUUCCAGACAUUCGCCACAGCAGCCCAGCAACGGCAGUCACCGGAGCAGAGAGGAGGAGAGAGCGUCCAAACCCGGGACUGUCUCGCCUCCCGUGAGGCACGCGGACGAUCGUGCCCCGAAGGCGGUGGAAGAGGUCCCCGUGGAGAGAAACGAGAAGGCAGCAGCCACGCUUCCAGAACCGAAGCCUGUGUAUGCUCAAGUUGGACAACCAGAUGUGGAUUUACCUGUCAGCCCGUCCGAUGGUGUCCUGCCCAAUUCCACGCAUGAAGACGGGAUCCUUCGGCCAGCAUGAAAAUUGGUGAAAUUCAGAAAAGGAGAUAGCGUGGGUUUGCGGCUGGCUGGUGGCAACGAUGUCGGAAUAUUUGUCGCUGGCGUUCUAGAAGAUAGCCCUGCAGCCAAAGAAGGCUUGGAAGAGGGCGAUCAAAUUCUCAGGGUCAACAACGUCGACUUCACCAACAUCAUCCGCGAGGAAGCCGUGCUCUUCCUGCUGGACCUGCCGCGGGGGGAGGAGGUGACCAUCCUGGCGCAGCAGAAGAAGGACGUUUAUCGCCGCAUCGUAGAAUCAGAUGUAGGAGAUUCUUUCUAUAUCAGAACCCACUUUGAAUACGAGAAGGAAUCUCCGUAUGGACUUAGUUUCAACAAAGGCGAGGUGUUCCGGGUUGUGGACACCCUGUACAAUGGAAAACUGGGCUCCUGGCUCGCUAUUCGCAUUGGCAAGAAUCACAAGGAAGUGGAACGAGGCAUCAUCCCCAAUAAGAACAGGGCUGAGCAGUUAGCCAGUGUGCAGUACACGCUUCCUAAGACAGCGGGAGGGGACCGCGCUGACUUCUGGAGGUUCCGGGGCCUUCGCAGCUCCAAGAGGAAUCUCCGCAAGAGCAGGGAGGACUUGUCGGCCCAGCCGGUGCAGACCAAGUUCCCAGCCUACGAGAGAGUGGUCCUCCGGGAAGCCGGGUUCCUGAGGCCGGUCACCAUCUUCGGACCAAUAGCGGACGUGGCCCGAGAGAAGCUGGCGCGAGAGGAGCCGGACAUUUACCAGAUUGCAAAAAGCGAACCUCGAGAUGCGGGCACGGACCAGCGUAGCUCCGGCAUCAUCCGCCUCCACACGAUCAAGCAGAUCAUAGACCAGGACAAACAUGCUUUAUUAGAUGUCACACCAAAUGCAGUCGAUCGCCUGAAUUAUGCGCAGUGGUACCCAAUCGUGGUCUUCCUUAACCCCGAUUCCAAGCAAGGCGUGAAAACAAUGAGGAUGCGGUUAUGUCCCGAAUCUCGGAAAAGUGCCAGGAAGCUAUACGAGCGGUCUCAUAAGCUGCGUAAAAAUAAUCACCAUCUUUUUACCACCACAAUUAACUUAAAUUCAAUGAAUGACGGCUGGUACGGUGCGCUGAAGGAAGCCAUUCAGCAACAGCAGAACCAGCUGGUUUGGGUCUCAGAGGGCAAGGCGGAUGGUGCUACCAGUGAUGACCUUGACUUGCAUGACGAUCGCCUGUCCUACCUGUCAGCCCCAGGUAGUGAAUACUCAAUGUAUAGCACGGACAGUAGACACACUUCUGACUAUGAAGACACAGACACAGAAGGCGGGGCCUACACUGAUCAAGAACUAGAUGAGACUCUUAAUGAUGAGGUGGGGACCCCCCCGGAGUCCGCCAUUACCCGGUCCUCUGAGCCCGUAAGAGAGGAUUCCUCUGGGAUGCAUCACGAAAACCAGACAUUUCCUCCCUACUCACCACAAGCGCAGCCACAGCCCGUUCAUAGACUAGACUCCCCGGGACUUAAAACAGCCUCUCAACAGAAAGCAGACGCCUCAUCUCCAGGCCCUUACCUUUCGCCCGAAACAAACCCAGCACCACCCACCUCUGCUGUCAAUCACAGUGUCAAGUUCACUCAUGUCAGACUGGAGGCACCCGCCCCUCCCGCCUCUCACUCCCCACCAGCUGACUCUUUGCCAGCACCCAGGGCCGAGGCCGCCCACUCCCUGCUCAGGGACCACGGAGCUGCACUUCCGUCGCAUGUAGACCCAGCACAGGUGUACCGGAAGGACCCCUACCCCGAGGACAUCAUCCGGCAGAAUCAUGUGGUGAAGCAGCCGGCCGGGGGGCAUCCCGUGCUGAGGCCCGACAGGGACCCCAAGCCGAGCUACGAGCCCCAUGCCCCGUACGUGGAGAAGCAAGCCAGCAGGGACCUGGAGCAGCCCACGUACAGAUACGACUCCUCUGGCUACACCGACCCGUUCUCGCGGCACAUGGACCACCGCCUGCGCUAUGAGGAGCGCAUCCCUGCCUACGAGGAGCACUGGUCCUACUACGAGGACAAGCAGCCCUACCAGCCCCGGCCCUCUGACAGUCAGCACCCCCGGGACCUGGACUCCAGGCAGCACCCCGAAGAGCCCUCGGAGCGGGGCUACUUCCCGCGGUUCGAGGAGCCAGCCCCUCUGCCCUAUGACAGCAGACCCCGCUACGAGCAGCCGCCCAGGACCUCCACCCUGCGGCACGAGGAGCCCCUGGCUCCCGGGUAUGAGGUGCACGGCAGGUACAGGCCCGAGGCGCCGCCCCCCGCGGGCCCCCAGGCCCCUGAGUCCAAGCAGUGUUAUGAGCAGUACCCACGGAGCUACGAGCAAGUCCCCGCACAAGGCUUUACCUCGAAGGCAGGCCGCUACGAGCCGCUCCACGGGGCUGCGCUGGUCCCUCCUCUUGUACCAGCCUCUCAGCACAAGCCGGAUGUGCCGCCGCCCAGCACCAAGCCCCUGCCCGCACCCCCAGCUCCCGCCGAGGAGGAGGACCCAGCCAUGAAGCCCCAGUCCGUGCUCACCAGGGUGAAGAUGUUUGAGAACAAGAGGUCUGCGUCCUUGGAGAACAGGAAGGACGAGAACCACGCGGGCUUUAAGCCUCCAGAGGCAGCGUCCAAACCGCCAGGGGCUCCCAUCGUGGGUCCUAAAGCCACUCUUCAGAGUCAGUUCAGUGAACACGACAAGACCCUGUACAGGGUCCCAGAACCGCAAAAGCCUCAGCCGAAGCCCCCGGAAGAUAUUGUCCGGUCAAACCACUACGACCCCGAGGAAGACGAAGAGUACUACCGCAAGCAGCUCUCCUACUUCGACCGGAGAAGUUUUGAGAACAAGCCCUCCGCACACAUUCCCACAGGCCACCUCCCAGAGCCGGCCAAGCCGGCUCACUCCCAGCAUCCGCCCAGCCUUUCUAGUUAUUCCUCGAAGGGCAAGUCUAUUGACGCUGAUGCCUUCGGUGACAAACGCUAUGACUCAGUCCAGCCCACGCCACCCCCACCCCCGCUGCCCUCCCAGUACUCCCAGCCGCCCCAGCCCAGCUCCAGCUCCUCGCUCCACGCCCACGCUAAGGGAGCCCACGGGGAAGGUAAUUCGGUGUCAUUGGAUUUUCAGAAUUCUUUAGUGUCCAAACCAGAGCCACCUCCAUCUCAGAACAAGCCAGUCACUUUCAGAACAAUGAGCCGAGAGGAUCCUGCUCCGUCUACCUUCUACCCCCAGAAAAGCUUCCCAGAUAAAGCGCCAGUGAACGGCACUGAACAGCCUCAGAAAACAGUCGCCCCAGCCUACAACCGCUUCACCCCCAAGCCGUACACCAGCUCCGCGCGGCCAUUCGAGCGCAAGUUUGAAAGCCCUAAAUUCAGCCACAACCUUCUGCCGAGUGAAACUGCACACAAGCCUGACGUGUCUUCAAAAGUCCCGACUUCUCCCAAGACCCUGGUGAAGGCCCAGCCUCCCGAGUUCGACAGCGGAGUGGAGACCUUCUCCAUCCACACGGAGAAGCCCCGAUACCACGUGAACAACCUCAGCACCGGGCCCAGAGCCGUUCCUGGGAGCCCGUCGGCAGUGGAGGAGGACAACGACGAGGACGGCCACACCGUGGUGGCCACGGCCCGGGGCGUGUUCAGCAGCAACGGCGGGGUGCUGAGCUCCAUCGAGACGGGCGUCAGCAUCAUCAUCCCCCAGGGCGCCAUCCCGGAGGGCGUGGAGCAGGAGAUCUACUUCAAGGUCUGCCGCGACAACAGCAUCCUCCCGCCCCUCGACAAGGAGAAAGGUGAGACCCUGCUGAGCCCGUUGGUGAUGUGUGGGCCCCAUGGCCUCAAGUUCCUGAAGCCCGUGGAGCUGCGCCUGCCACACUGUGCGUCCAUGACUCCUGACGGUGACCCCAAAACCUGGCAAAACAAGUGUCUUCCUGGAGAUCCGAAUUACCUGGUGGGAGCCAACUGCGUCUCUGUCCUGAUCGACCACUUCUAAUCCGGAAACAGGACCUUGCUGAAAUAAUGUGAACCUGGGCUAGACUUCCUCCAUCUGAACGGAACCACUCUCUCAAGUAUUACACUUCCCUUAGAGUCGAUGCUGCCGCGGGCUAGUACUGAGCGCUUUGUUUGAACUGAUGAUUCGCGAGCGCCCUCCUGAGCCGUGGGCAGAAAACACUGCGAACUACGGGCUGUGCCGGAAGAACGUGGCCUCGGCGAGGGGUUCACAGACGUUGGCUUCGUAAUGAUUAUUGUACUUCCUGUGGUCACUGCUUCACUCACACUGAUUUCCGUUAAAAUACCAGCCAGUAAAGGGGUGCAUCUGAGUUCUGUUCUUUUCAGAGUACACGGUUUCCCACUUGCCGGUGGCCCUGGCCUGGCGCACACGUUAUGUUAUUAUGCAUGGGGUAACACGCACACAUCUACAUGCACCCGGGGCAGAACCAAUGUGGUGGACUAAACAAAUGGACAGCCAGCGGAUCGAUCGCGUGGGGCGGAGGGUCCAGCGAAGACGCUGACUGAUUGUACAUGAAAACACGCUUCUUGGGGAAGGGCACCAAAGCACGCGACUGUCCCGGGGCCUCUGGGUCUCGAAUUAACCACAUCACCAGACACACUAACCAGCAGGAAUGCCUUACCCUCCUGUUCUUAAUUCUUAGGUCGUCUCUGUGUAGGACUAGGUUUUUAUGGCUUUUGUGCACAUCCGGACACUGAAUCAUGAAGCAGGUUGAGCAGAUUGUGGAUUUGGUGGUUCCAGAAGGGUGUGAUCACCCAGAAGGAAAUAAUGGUGUGAUUUGGAGAUUUUUUUAUUUUUUUUUUGGCAGGGGGCAGUGGUGGCUUUGUUUCUUGUUUCUUGUUUUUUUCUUUUUGGCUAUGCAUUCGAAAAUUUUGAUGUUUCAAGGAUGCUUGUACAUAACGCGUGCAUACCACUUUUGUUCUUGGUUUGUACAUUAACUUUUAUAAACUUUCCCUUUUUUUAUACAUAAACAAAACCAAGUUUCUUAAGGCUACCUUUGUAUUCUCUCCUGUACCUCUUGAGCCUUGAACUUUGACCUCUGCAGCAAUAAAGCAGCAUUUUUAUGACACACACAAGGUCAUUUUUUUUAAAGAAAAAGAAAUGCACAGAGUUGUUACAUUUUUAAGUGCUGCAUUUAAAAGAUACAGUUACUCAGAAGUCUCUAGUUUGAUUAAACUCUUGCAAAAUACCCCUCCUGUAAUUUGUGAUACACUGCUGUGCCCUAAAGUGUAUUUUUGUACUAAUAGACGAUUUAUUACGGCACAUCAGCACGACUUCCGUUUGGAUAAUACACCACUACAUUCUGUUAACCAUUAGGUGUGACUGGAUUUCUUUUGCGGUUAUUAAAAAAAGUCUCAAAUUUCUAAAUCUGCAGAAUAAAACUUUUAAAAUAAAGUGCUGGCUUGGACUGUU